GGAUCGGAUGUUCCGUGACGGUGCACGCAAAACAGCGACGCGAGGCGCGACGAGAAGUGCCGACUAGAAGCGCUUACGAUCACUCGACAACCGCGAAGCACGGAUCCGCAAUUAACCCUGCUGUUAUUCCGUCCAGAAUGCCGUCUCGCGAGAGGGUUGGCCACGUCUCCGCGUGAGAGGCGCUGCGAUUUCGAAAGCAGAGCGCGCGGACGCGCGCCAGAAUAGUCAUUGAAAUAACUCCGCUAUUACAUAAAUAAUACCACACGUGCACGUGCACGCGUAGGCGCAGUGACGCGCAGCGCGCGCUCGUGUGCGCGCGACAGGCCAGGCACGAAGUUCGCGCAUCGGCGCGACCGUCGCCGCGCGAUUCAAAUCGGCCGCCGCGCGCGGCGUGCGCCAAUCGCCGCGCGACGCCACGGUGGUUGUUGUUGCACGCCCGCCAAUCGUCCGUGAUGCUGCACGUGAGGCGCGUCGCGACAUCGGCUCUCCUUGCCGAGACGUCGCCGUUCGUCGUCCAGCUAUGCCGUAACGCCAGCGUGCCGACCGAUGGAGCGUCCAAACGAACGGUGGGCGACCGCGCCAUCAGCCGCGGCGUGGUGUCGCGCGCGGUGAUGCGCGAGAAUUACCUGCGAAUGCUCGACAAGUGCAAGUCGAAGAAGCUUCCGCAAGAUGUAAAUCCGAAGGGUGUUUUUGCGUGCAACGAGCUCGACUUGAAAGAGGUCCAAGUCUAUGGAUUCGAUUACGAUUACACACUGGCAUGCUACAAGCCGUCCAUGGACCACUUACUUUACAGUCUGGGACGCGACAUGCUUAUUAAGAAAUACAAGUACCCGGAGGGAAUUGGCAAUCUGGAGUACAGGGAAAAUUUCGCCGUCCGCGGCCUCCAUUACGACAUCGAAAAGGGUCUUCUCCUGAAGCUUGACAGCUUCUUGCAAAUUCAAUUUGGCACCGUUUAUCGUGGUUUACAUCAGAUACCCGACGACGAGGUCCUACGGGUCUACAAAAAUAGGAUAAUACCGAUAGCCUACGUAGAGGCACCACAUAAACACUCCCACGAUGCUCUGCAACGCACGAAGAUGGUUCAAUUAGCCGAUCUGUUUUCCGUGCCAGAAAUGGGUCUGCUGUGUAAUGUCACAGAGUACUUUCUGCGAAAUCACAUCGAUUAUCAUCCCGAGAUACUGUUUAGAGACGUCAAGAAUUCCGUACAAAGCUGCCAUCCUAUAAUGCAUCAAUUAGUAGUGGAGAAUGUAUCGGAAUACCUGGAGCAAAAUAAAGAUCUGAGACGAUUCUUCGAUCGACUUAGACACGCAAAGAAGAAUACGUUUCUGGUGACAAAUAGUCCUUUCCACUUCGUUGACAAGGGUAUGCAAUUUCUGGUGGGUGAAAACUGGAAGGACUACUUCGACGUGGUGAUAGUUCAGGCGAGAAAACCGAGAUUCUUCACCGAGGAGUCACGUCCAUUGAGAAUCUAUGAUGAAGUUAAGCAAACGCAAUUGUGGGAUCGUGUUACCAGACUCGACAAAGGCGUCAUAUAUCUCGAAGGAACUGUCAAACAACUGCAAGACAUGACCGGAUGGCGGGGACAUCAGGUGUUGUAUUUCGGCGAUCAUCCAUACAGCGACUUAGCAGAUGUGACUCUGGAACAUGGUUGGCGAACGGGGGCGAUAAUCAAAGAAUUAACGCACGAGAUCGAAACUUUGAACGACCCAAAGUUCAAAGAGAACGCGAACUGGCUUCAGAUGUUAACUGGUCUGAUCGAGGAGCAUCAGGAUUACGAAGGGCCGGAAGUGCAAGAUGUGCUGGACGAAUGGAUGGAGGAGCGGGACCAACUGAGAAACGAGAUCAAGUCGGUCUUCAAUAAGCAGUUCGGCUCGGUGUUCAGAACAUAUCACAAUCCGACGUAUUUCUCCCGGAGACUGUUCAGAUUCGCCGACAUCUACAUGAGCUCGAUCACGAAUCUCUUGGAAUACUCCACGAGCCACACUUUUUAUCCCAGACGGGGUGUGAUGCCGCACGAGUACACCAGCUACUUCAUGUAAAACUCCCCGUUACUCCUUCAGAUUAAUGUCUGUUAUCUGUUGUUUGCGUGAGUAGCGAGCGUUUUUAGAGCGGUAUAGUCAAACUAGCUCAUAUUAUGAUGGCGAACUGAUAACAACAGUAUUUUCAAUCGCAAACGAAGCCUGAUGUAUUUCUCGUCGUGACGCGGAACUGAGAUGGCUUGGCUUUCUUGUCCUACGCUAAAUGUCGUCUUAUUAUCAGCCGUGCACGCGUAAUUACAUGUAUAUUGCAUGUAAAUCUAUAGCGAUCAAUAUUAAUGCGCUUUUAUAGCCGCGUAGUUACAGUUGAUUUGCAUUGAAAUAUAUGUAAAUGCGAUAAAACGGCCGGGGCGUAUCACGAAAGCUCUUAUAUUAUUAUUAUUAUCAUGACAAUAGCCGUAUUAUGUAAAAUGAAGUGAUACACCAUAUUAUAACGAGCAAAAUGCAUAGAAUAGGAAAGCAAGUAAAAGUUCAACAGCUGUGUACAAAGUAUUAUUGGGCCAUAUGAGACUCGUUAAAUAUUUCAAAAAGAGAUUCCAGUUACUGGAGAAUUUAUUUUUAGUAAAUUAUACAAGAAAGAGAGAUAUUUAUGAACAAAGCGAAAUACGAGUUUUGGGGAGAAUACCGAUCCGUAUUGUGUUCAUUUAUUUUUGCGAAGAGAUUUAUAUUCGUUAUUAACGCACGGUGAAUUCAAAAUGUAGCUUCAUGACGAAUUUAUGUGACUACUACAUGUCUCUAUAUAAGCGCAUGCAAACAUUUUGACAUUGAUCCUUAGUCGAAAUUUACAUUAUCUAAUUGAAAAAGUCAAACAGUUAUAUCAUUUCAUUGCUAUAUCAACACUGUCUUUCUUUCUUGUUUAAUUAUUUACCGAAUUGCCAUAUCUAUAUUAUUGCCACCUUUACCUAAAAAUUCAAAUAUGUACGAGUAAAUUUUUAGUUAUAGAAGAUUAAUAAAUAUGUGAAAAUAAGAAGUUAUGUACUGUGUAAAGUGAUUUUAUCUACAGCACGCUCUUAAAAUUUAGUUCUUAGGGGCGCUAAGUGUUCAAAAAUGUCAAAUACUUCAAUCAAAUAAACACUGUUAUGUAUGUAUGAGA